UCUUUGCAUUAUUAGUCUCAAUGCUCCAUUAAGCUUUGCCAAGAAGGGCAUGGUGUGUUUAUCAGGUAUCAUGCAUCGGAUCUGAAUGCACGGAAUUUAUUUACUCAUGCCAUGAUUACUUUCCAGGGAUACCCAUGCUUUUUAUAUCUCUUUUGGAUUGGUCAGAUUUGAAGUUGCCCCUCUUUUUGCCAACAUUUGAAUGAUUAAGGGAUUUGUUUCGUCCUAUAGUUGAUCAUAAGACUAGUCAUUAAUAUUUGUGUGAUACAGAAUGACGAGGCUCAGCUAUUACCAAAAGCUCCUGUGAUGUCAAUGGAAGAUGGUAACUCUGGAGCUGCCUCUGCUGCAGAUGCUCUUCAGAUGUCUCUUCAGGAAGAAAAAACAGGCACUCAGUCUGACAUGAAUGAAGUGUUUGAGAAUCAAUCAUUUGUGGCAUCUGUCGUUUAUACAAUUCCUGGUGUUGAUCCUAACGACCCAACUGUCAAAAAUCUGCUGGCAGUAUUGAAUGGCCAGAGGGAGAAUGUAUGUACAAGAAAUGUACAAGGGUUGUAAGCCCAAAGGAAGAUCCUAAUCAACAUAUUAAGGGAUUCACAUCUUGUGGAGUGAUGACGCCGCUGCUUCGACCUUUUGCCGCCAGAGAAGCAAC